AUGUCGGACCUAGACGAAAACAGUUAUGAACAGAGUGCAGAAACGGAAGAGUUUUCAGGUAAUAGAAAAUUACCUGAACAGCUGGGGGAUUCAGAAAGUUCAGUGGGUUCAGAAUAUUCGGACGAUACUGAGGAGGAAGUAGGAGAAGUAGGAGAAGAUGAAGAAGUAGGAGAAGAUGAAGAAGUAGGAGAAGAUGAAGAAGUAGGAGAAGAUGAAGAAGACGAAGCAGAUGAAGCAGACGAAGAAGACGAAGCAGACGAAGAAGGAAAUACCUACAGAGAGGAAAGCGAACAAGUCCAAGAAGACAUUUUCAAUGAAAACAACUUAUUACAUGCCAUUAAAACGAGAGAGGUGCUAGAACAAGAGAUUCUAGUUUUAUUUAGCAACAUGCUGAAAAAAGAAGUGGUGUUAAAUAAGGAUGUAAAAAGUAACAUGCAAAUAGAUUUGACAUUGUACAAUGAUGACACGGGUGGUGGUGAUUACAUUGUCGGUGCAGAUGACAACAUGAGUGUGCAAGUAAAAGAAAAAGGAGGAAAUAAAAAAAGAAAAGAACCAGAAAAAAACAAUUUGAAAAUAAAAAAUAAAGAGUUGUACAAUUUUAUUUAUAGUAAGAUGAAUUUGAGUUCUAAAGAAGGAAAAGGCGAAAAGAGAGAAGACAAAAAUAUGGAAUCAGGAUUUUCUAAAAAAAAAAGAGAUAGUAGCAAUAACGAGAUGGAUGAAAACAAUAAUCCAUUAGAUAUAGCUAAAAGUAUACAAUCUAUAGAAAAACAACAUUACAUACUAGAUAACAAUGUAGUUAAUAUAUUAAAUGAUAUUAAUACAUAUUUAAAAAGAGAGAGGGAAUAUCUGAAUCGAAAAUUUGGAGCUCAUAUAGAUUCUACUUUUAAAAAUCCAAUGUAUGUAACUUUAUACAUUUACAAUAAUCAAAUUUUAAAAGAAAUGAUAUUACAAGUAAUAAAUAUUGUGAAAAAUGAAUUCGACAAUUCCAUUUAUAAAGAUAUAGACGAAAGUAUGUUGAUUAAAAAUGUCUUAAUUUUAAUUAAUUACUUGACGUCUAGACCUAGUAAAGAAUGGUUUGAUUAUUGGAAUAAGCACAUGCCUAUCUUUAAUAAUAAGAGAAGUGAAUUCAAUGUAUAUAAUUAUUUACAAAUUGAGAAAAGUGAAAGGAAAAUCUUUUCAGGAGUUUUAAAAAAUGACAUUUAUUUUAAAGAAUUGCAAAAAAGAUCAAACAUUAUUGAACAGUACCAGAAUGGCUUGCAGAGUCUAAAGUCCUUGUUGUCUAAUAAAAACUUUUUGGUUAUACUGAACGAAUUUAGGUACAAUUGCCAACUUUUCAUAGAUGCAGAUUAUCGUGGAAUUGAGGAAAAUGAAAAAGUUAUAGAGAUGCAGAGACGGGAUGCUGAUUUGAUAGAGGAGAAGAGUCGUCUCAAGGAGGAGUUGCAGUUCUGCCGAGAAAGUCUCGCAAUCAGUGGCCAGGAGGGGGUGGAAAAUGAUGGCGAUGAUGUUCGAAGUGGUGAUGAUGUUAGAAAUGGCGAUGAUGAUGGAGAGAAGCCGAGGGGAAAAAACAAACUCGUGCGAAGCAAAAUAGCGAACAUCAAAAGGAGAAUAGAUGAAAUAAACGAUGAACUUUUGGAAGUAUCCAAUUUUUUCGUUGAGGAUAAGAAAAAAAGAGAGAAACUAGUGCAUGAAUAUAAACAAAAUGUAUACCUGGUUCGUAGCAUAUUAACGCAGGUUCUAAGCAUAAGAAAUGCUGGAGGAGGAAAUGGGAUUAAUUCAAACAAUGUACAUUACAUGAUUCUGCAGCAUGUUCUAGAUAAACAUAGCUGCCUAAGUUUAAUCAUUGAUGAAAUGAGAAAUUUAUUUGAAAAAGAAUUAAAGAAGUACGAUCAUGAAAAGAAUAUACAUAUACCAUACUUGAGGCAGAACACAAUGAAAGAUAUAUGGGAGUAUGUUCGACUAUUUUACAAUGUUAUUUGUUAUAUAGAUCCAAUUGAUUUGGUAAAGUCACUCACCCAUCAGAUACAACCCAAGCCUUCAGGGACAUGUGAAGGUAUGAACAAUUUGAGGGAUAUUGCUAAAAAUGGUGAGAAGAAAGGUAUAAAGUAUGUAGGUACAAUAGGAGGAAGACUUAGUAAUGGAACUCAGAGACAUGACAAUACACAGAAGAGAAAAACAUUUUUGUUAAAUGGUACAAAACGAACGAGUCUGAAAAAUCCAAGACAAAAUAAAAACCAAAUGAUUAUGCAUCUAUCACGAAUAAACCCACUUCUAGCUAAAUCAAAAGUGAGAAAACCAAAUGAAGAAAAACAUAUGAAAAAAAAAAAAAAAAAAUUUAUAGAAAGAAAAAAUUUAAUAGAUCAUUAUGAAAAUUUUUCUUUUGAAGAUUUAUCAUUCGAUAUAUUUUCAGAAAUUGUGUCUUUUAAAAAAUGCAACAUAUUGGAUACAUUCAAUCACACGAAUUUGUACAAAGUGCAAGAAUUUUUAAAUAAUAUCAUAGGAAUAAAUGAAGAAUUUGAAAAUAUCUAUGAAGGCAACAAUGACAAUGAUAGUUUCAAUUAUUCACUUAAAGUUUUUUUAAAUGUGUGUAUAAAAGAUUUGAGGAGAUGCAUAGUCGAGUAUUAUAAUCAUCAAUGGGAUAUAAAAAUAAUUCUGAAUAUCCACGCAUGGAUUGUAACAUAUUAUACGAAUUAUUAUCUUUACGAGAAUAAGAAUCGAUUGAAUAACUGUCGUAUGAACAUUGGUACAGGAGGGAAAGUAGUAGUAGGAAGAGGAGAAGGAGGAGGACAUACAGUUCAUCCCUUAAGACAUAGUGAAAAACCUGAAAUAGACCUGCAGGAACAGCAUGAGCAUGAGGAGGAGGAAGAGUGUGAAAAUUCUUUGUUCAUUUCUCGAAUCCAAAUGGUUCUGGGAAUGCAAGCAUAUAUAGGAGACAAUAGUAUCCAUUCUGAAUUUCUAUGUGAUACAUUUCAAAGAUUAAUAAGAGAAGAAAAAAUGAAAAAGAACAGUAGUAAGAUAAUUCUGUGCUGUUUAAGAUGUUUAUAUGCAGAUCUAAAACUAGUUGAUAUUCAUGCAAUGUCAACAGAUGAAAAUGUGAAAUCAAUUUGUAAGUCCUCUUUGGAUAAUUUUCUUAAGAGAAACAUACUCAAUAGUUUAAGUUGGAUUUUAAAAAAUUUUAAAUUUAUGAGUCAUGAUAAAAACAUUUUUACACAUGCUCUUAAGUGUUCCCUAAUGAUUAUAGAACUGCUUCAAAAGCUAGGAGGAAGUACUUACAUCUUGAAAGAGAAUAAAAAAAUUUACGAUGAUGAUGAGGAGGAGGAAUCGGAUGAAUCAUACGGAGGAGACAAUUAUGAUGAUUAUGGAAAUUUGAAAAAAGGGAGUCUAAAAAGCAAAAAAAGGCAAAACAGAGAUUUAGACCCAGACAUAGAUGCAAUGGAAAGAAUAAAUGUAACUGAUUUAGUGGACGAAAUUUAUAGUGGUAAAAUUGUAAAUACAUGCAUGCAAAUUAUUGAAGAAUAUAAAAGAAACAGCAUUCAAAUAAAUCAUUUAAUCAUUACUUAUUUCGAAUUUUUAAUAAAAUAUAAAAAUAAUGAAUAUAAUUUCCUUUUAUUUUUUGAUAUAAAAUAUUUUCUCAUUUUUAUGAACAUAAUUAAUGAUGAGGAAUGUUACACAAAUCCAAAGUAUCAUUGGAUUUGUUCCUUUUUUGAAAACAUAAUAGCAUGCUUUUUUAAAUUGUGGAAUAGCAAUUAUUUCAUACCAAUUGAAUUAUUUUUCAGUAAAGCCAUAAACAAAAAUAUUUUCAGCUUGUUAAGUGAAAAAUAUAUGUUGUCUAUUUUUAGUAAUUAUACUGAAGGAAAUGACAAGUUCAUAUAUGAACAGCUCAACAAAGGAACACAUAUAAAUGAUAUUUUUAUCGAAAUGAAUAAUCGCAAAAGAUUGGAAGCAUUAGAGUGGAGUCAUGAAGAUAUCGAAAGCUUGAAAGUAUACUUCAAACAAUUUAAGCAUAUGCAUAACUUUCUUCCUUUUAUUAGCGAAAUGUUAAAUAAGUCUUCUAGUAGUGUAAAAAAUCAGCUCAUUUAUUUGAAUUACAUGGAUCACAGAGGAAACAUAAUUGAAGAUGAUAUGGAUGAUUACCAAAUGUCUGAUUCGUCCGAUAGUUCUGAAGGGCAAGAAGAAUCGUUAGCUACGUCAGAGGCAGAAACGGAAGCAGAGUCGGAAAGGAGGGAGUCCACUCCGAAACUUGGGAAAAAAAGAGCAUCCAAAAGUGGGUCGAAAUCCUGGAUCGGUUCUGAAGUUGACACUAAAGCAGGAGACGAUGAAUGCACCCUUCCCGAAGAGAGGAGGAAGGCGAAACAGCCACUCCUCUACACCAUUUAUAAAUUGAAAAAACUAAAUGAAGAACAAACAAAGGGAAUGAACCUAACACAGAAUAGAAUAAAUUGCAACGUAGACACUGUUCUGGAAGAAGUUACAUCUAAUCUGAAAUCUCUCUAUGAGUUGAAGAAAAUGUCUAAGAGUAAAUUCUUCUCCUAUAAAGCACUGUUGUUUGAUAUUCCCUUAAGUAUAUCCUCUGAAUUGUUAGAGCAUAGCAAUUUCAAAAGGUUGCUCAGUUUGAUUGGGUUCGUGUAUAACGAAAAUAGUGAUGAAUGGGUUCUAAGCGAUCAUGUAGAUGUAGAUAUUUUUAGGAAAAUUAUUGAAAAAUGUGAAGAAUUGUUUCCUCUGUCUUUGAAAGAGCUCCGAGACAGGUUACGUGCACCGGGAAAGGAGGAAAAAGAUGGGAAUCGAGAUCAGGACCUUGAACAGAUGCAAAGGGGCGAAGAUGAUACAUAUGAUCCCAUGGAUCAAAAAAGGAAUCAUUAUGAGCAGCCUAAUGAUAAUAAUAAUGAUCAAAAAUUGGACUAUACUGAUGAAGAAUUGCAUCUACUAGAACCUCCAAAACUGAAGGGAACUUUCACACUUCUCAAAUUAAUGUAUGACUUGUUCGUAUCGAAUAAAGAUGACUUCAGAUUAUUUUUCAACGAUAUAGUAAACCUAAUUAGAGACAAAUGCAGUUUUCUUUUUCAGAGUAAAAAAAUUGGAGGUGGGUCAAACGAAUGGAAAAGUAACACUGAAGGAGGAGGAGGGGAAGAAAAAGAAGUAAAAAUCGAAGGAUAUGCUCCUGCUGCUUCCCCAGAUAGCAACAUAAAUGAUUCCCAAUUGGAUGAUGAUUACAGAAUCUUUUUAGAACCCAAAGAUAGAGAUGUACUAAAAAAUUGCCAGAAGAAAAGUAUCCUGGAAAAAAUGCUACAAUAUCUAUGGGUAUAUAUUUCCAAAUCGGGACAUCUUAUCAUUUCAAAACACAUAAAAGAAAAAGAAUUUUCUGAACGAUUUCGAGUUCUUAAUAAUUACAAAACUUUGGGAAUACAAGAAAUUGAAGAUUUCAUAAGUAAAAAAGAAGCAGAAAUUGAUGAAAAGAAGAAGAAAAAAAAAGAAACUAAACCUACAUCACAACAGAAGUUUGAUUUUAUAAAACGCGUUUGUGAGUACCUAAAUUACCUCUACGUGAUCAGCAAAGUGACAUCCCCUUUAACACCUUUUAACAUUCGUAAACAUGAACUAACAAAUGAAAUAUACUUUGGAGGAGACAAACUUCUGACAUACAUUUAUGAAAAACUGAAUUCGUGGAAUGUAAAAAGAAGCAAAAAAAAUGAUGAUUCUCAACAGUUUGUCUUAAAUAUGAAUGAUUUGUUAACUUAUAUUGUCAUCUCCCCAGAGACAAAACAAGAUGAUGCUUCUAGCACUUUCAUAGGUGGAGAUGGUAGUACUGCAGCAGAUCCACAGCACAGCAUCGAUGUUAAUCAGAAUAUUGAGAUGAAUUGUUUUCUUCCAUUUGUUGAAAACAUUUGUAUAGCUUUGAAGGGCUCAUCGGAAGAAAAUGGGUUCAUAAAAUGGCAGAAUCAGGAAGUUCAGAAAGAAUGGCUAAAAAUUAUGCUCAAAUUGUUUUACAAUAUACUGUAUGACAGUGAAUAUAACACAGUGGGAAAUCUUUUCAAAGAAUACAAAAAUAUUAAAUUAAUUCUGAACGACAAAUCGCCUGACUUUUUGUCUGAGCAAAGUAUAGCGUCUACUUCUAAGGUAGAUGCAACCACACAAGAACCCGUGUCGAAAGUAGCACAGGAGACAAACAAAGUACACAUCAACAUGGAGGAAGUGCAAAAGGGGGAAUUGCAAAAGGGGGAAUUGCAAAAGGGGAAAGAUCAUCCUUCUCCAUUUUUAACAGAAGAAACAUUGUGCCCAAACAAGGGAGAUGAAAUACACACAAGUGUGGGUAUCAUGAACCAAGUUCCAAUUAAAGGCGGGGAGGGAAUGAUGUCAAGCUUAGAGGAAGCACUUGUUCGAAAUAAAACUAGCCAUGAGGAAGAUAAGAACACAUUGAAAGUUGUUCAUAAGAGAAAAUUGGAAGAUAUAUCAUCAGUAGAGGACUAUUCGGAGUUUUUCAAAAAGAGAAAGUUAGAAAAUGUUUACAUUAACAUUUACAGGAAAAACAGAAAGAUCAUUAUCGAUUCACUUUUAAAAAACAAGAACAUUUACCAGUACAACGAGAGUGAUAUUAUUAAUAGAGUCAAGCAGGUGUUCAUCAAAGCUAGACAGAUGGCUUCCAGCGGGGAUCUUCGCAACAGGUGGAAAUCUAAAGAUGAUGUGAAAAGGAUACUCUUGCUAUAG